CUUCAAGUUAUGGGCUUUUUCUUAUUGAGGUACUUUUCGUAGAACGCCUUGUCAAAACGUUGUUUGAAGUUGUAUCAGCCAUAUUUGUUUCCACGAUGGCAAAUGCGGCUGGGAAAAAUGAUAAUUUCAGAAGAACAUGGGACAGAGAUGAGUACGAAAAGAAAGCUAAAGAGCGAGAACAAGAAUUAGAGGACGACGAAGAUGAAUUGAGUUCAAAGGAGAGACCAUCCGUUCCAGUGAAAAGGGAGCUAUUGAAAAGAAGAGAAUAUGAUGUCGAUCUCGAAGCAAACCUCGGGAAAUCAGUGGUUAUAACCAAAACGACACCACUCUCCCAUACUGGAGGGUAUUACUGUAACGUGUGUGACUGUGUAGUAAAAGAUUCAGUGAACUUUUUGGAUCAUAUUAAUGGAAAAAAACAUCAGCGAAAUUUGGGUAUGUCUAUGAAAGUGGAGAGGUCUUCUCUGGACCAAGUGAAGCGACGGUUCGAGGUGAACAAGAGGAAAAGAGAAGAAGAAAAGCAGAAGAAAGAUAAAGAAUAUGAUUUGGAAGAGAGGAUGGCUGUUUUGCGUGAAGAGGUAAAUUAAAGUAAAAUCAAUCCUAGUUCUCCUGAAAUUGUCGCUGAGAUCUCAAGGAAUAUAAUAAUUAAACAAGGAGUAGGAGAAAGGGAAGAUUAAAAAAAAUAUGAGUCAUCACACGUGAAAAUUUUAUAAUUAAAACCCAGCCUGUCCCAGUUUAGGUGUUAGGUAAGUAAUUUUGAAAGGAUCUUGUGUAGAGAUAAAGUAAAAGAUCUUUCAAUCUCUAUGGCAAAGAAUUAUCAUUUGCAUUGAUAUUAAGGUGAGUGAUAGAAAAAAUUCUGAAUCUACUGUUAGGAUGGUCCCAUAUUGUGUCUUUUGUUUAUUGUCUCAUCUAUCUCUUUUUUUCAAAGUUACUUAACAUUGUACAAUCUACAAGACAAGAUACUUGUGACAGUGCUUAUUUCCUCUAUAUGCAGGUUGCCUCACACAUGUGUACAUGUGUAUGUACCUUGUAUCAGGCUUAACUCAAAGUAGUGUUCUCUGUGGCUCAAUUAAGGCUGGUUUUCUCCUAUAAUGAAGUCAGAGUUGGAGUUUUUUUCAGAAGUGCAGAGGGAAAUGAUUUAAUAAAAGUCAAGCUGACAGCAUCAGAAGAUAAAUUGUGAUGCUACUUAUAGUGUAGUCACCUACCAUUCAGUGAAAACUGGAUUGUUGAAGUCUUAAACCAUCAAAUGGCCAAAGAAAUGGUGUUGUGAUUGAUUGUUUCUUCCACUUCUGCUUACGACUCCAACAAUCUAGUCUUCACUGGAACCUAGGCAUGGGAGUCAUGGGUGGAAUUUGAAGAAAAUGAAACAGUACUGGUUCCUUUGGCUCUGAUUCCAUUGAGCUUAGCUUAUGAUUCUUCUUACGACUCAUUUUCUUCUCACAACUUAUUUUCACUUGGUUGGAGGCCCACCUAUGGCUCCAACUCCAUCAACAGUUAAAAACAGCCUUAAAUGACGCCCCCAUUUGUGAAAUGAGGAGGUGUGAAGAUGAAUCCUGGUCAAGGUUGCAGAUUUUUCUUUGUCCCUUAUAUAGUUACCACUGCUUUCUAUGGUAUCAAAUUUGAAGAAUUUUUUUUUCAGGAAGAACUUCGGAAACAACAGAGAAAGGUUGCCCGCAGAGAGAAGAAACAAAGGACAGGAACAGUGGAUGAUGGAGAAAUUGAUCCUAAUCUGGCAGCCACCAUGGGUUUUGCAGGCUUUGGGUCAAGCAAGAAAUGAUAUUAUUAACUUGUUACAGUUUUAUUAAGUUUAGUCUUUUUUCAGUAAAAUAGUGAGUGGAAGAAGCUAGUCAGUAUAGAAAAUGUGGGUAAGAUUCUGAGGAAAAAAAGAAUCCUUUUUCUUACUAUUUGAAAGAUUGUCCCAGUCCCAACAAAAUGAAAUCUUAAUUCAACUUAAAAUCUAUUUGCAAAGAAACCAAAGACAGUGGACACAAAUUGUUGUUUGAUUGGAAUUUUUUUAUAACAUAUAGUUGCCAGAAAUGAGUCAUUGUUCUUGUUUCCUCAAAGCAAUCAUUUUAUCAACUUGCUCAGACCUGAAAAUUGAAUGAUAACUAGGUCCAUUAAGGUCUUGUGUCUUUGCAAUAAUUAGGUAAUUAGGUUUAUUUGGUGUGCUUCACCUGAUUUUCAUAUGUUGUUACUGUAAAUAGUUUCCAUGGUUUCAGUUUCACCAAACUCAAGUUCUCAUUUCAAUUUAUUACUGUAAGCUAAUUUUCAUGUGUUAGAACCCACAAUGGUAGGGGAAUUUCUUCUUUUCUACUUGCUCUGCCAUAUGAAACUCUUUAGCCAUACUAUGUUUAAAUAGCCAUGAUUAUAUUCCUGCUGUUAGAGAUAAAAUCAAAAUACUGAACUUGUGGAAAUUAAAUCAUUUUUUUAAAACAGAAACAGUAUUUUUCUAGGGAAGGGGCGAUUUGCCUUAUGUUUUCAGGAAAAGACCUUUGUGCUUAGAUUUUCUGUAUUGCAAGGAACCAGUAGGUGCAACUGCUUUUCUUUGCUGUUGCAAAUGUGUUUUGUUUUACCUAGUUAGGACCCUGUUUACAUGGUAAAUGAACAAAGAUUCCCAAUAUGUGUGUAUUAAACUUACAGUCACCUGUUCCAUUGUGAAGAGAAAACAUGAUAACUAGUCAUAAAGAUGGCAACUCUUAUAAAUAAUAAAGCCCACCUGAAAUAAAUGAAUGCCAAUGUUCAC